CUCAGGGAGCAUCUCCCCUCUCGCUUUGCCGGCAGCUGCUGAGAUGGGUUGCGGAUUGAACAAGCUGGAGAAGCGGGACGAGACGCGGCCUGGGAAUAUUUACUCCACCCUGAAGAGGCCGCAGGUGGAGACCAAGACAGACGUGUCCUGUGAAUACCGCUUCCUGGAGUUCACCACGCUCAGUGCCGCGGCGCUCCCGUGGUCCUCAGCAGUGAGGCUGGCCUCCCUGCGUGAGCUGCCCGCCCAGCUCCUGGACCUGUACCAGCAGGGUUUCUCACUGGCCGCCCUGCACCCCUUCGUGCAGCCCACCCAGGAGCGGGAGAGGACACCCCUUGAGCACAUCUUCAGGGCCGUCCUGAUCAAGAAGAUCGAUAGAUCUCAGAAAGCCGAUCUUCACAGCGAGGGCUACACUUUGGAGCUGGAUUGCUGCUCUUUGCUGGACCCUCUGACAGACCAGAAACUCACCCCGGAGUUGAUUAAGAAGGUACAGGAGGCCGCCAGCCGGGGCCUGAAGUUUGUGGGAGUCGUGUCUCAGUACUGCACCCCUGGGAGUGUGGGCAGCAGCCCCCCGACUCCCAGUGCUACUGGCACCCAGGACACCGGAGACGCGGAUGGUGACCCUGGGGACCCUGUGUCACUGGAGGAUAAGAAUCCGGGUGCUGCAGACGCGUGCCCGGGAGAGGGCGAGGCCCGAGAGUGUCCACCGCAGGGGGUGUGUGCGACACCCACCGGACCCAAGGGCGCCCCGCUGCACGGGCCUGAGGAGCCAAUCUCGGGAAGGACGGAGACCUUCGCGCUCUUCAACAAGCCGACGGGCCAGCAGAGGGCCCUGGAGUACUACCCCGUCACCAUUCCCCUCCGGGUCUCCAGGAACGGCCAGACGGUCAGCGGGGUGGAUGCCAACUGGCUGGAGCACACGAGUGACCAUUUCCGGAAGGGAGGCGUGCUGGUGAACGCAGCCUUCUGCCUUGGCGCGGUGAACGAUUCCUCACACGGCGUGACGGACGGGGUGUUCAUCUUCGAGGCCGUUUCCGCCGACGACGGCAAAACCACGCAGGGCUACGACGCCAUCGUCGUCGAACAGUGGACGGUGCUGGAAGGCACCGAGGUGCGGACGGACUACGUGCCUCUGCUGAACUCGCUCGCAGCCUACGGCUGGGAGCUCACCUGCGUGCUGCCCACGCCCGUCAUCAGGACAACCAGGGAAGGGAGCGUGUCCACCAAGCAGAUCGUCUUCCUUCAGAGGCCGUGUCUACCUCAGAAGACCAAGAGGAAGGAGGCGAGGUUUCAGUGGCGAUUCUCUCGAGAAGACAUGCGCGGCAGGCAGAAGAGGAAGUCCGUGGGGAAGCCUGGAGCCAGGGACACGCGGCAGGCCCAGGAAGACGAGAAGGACGCGGAUGGCCUGGCCUCCAAGGCGGGGGAUGCAGGCGACUGCGCACCAAACGGGCGGCGGGAGGGCAGCGAGCAGCCAUCCCCCGUGCACAAUGGGCCCGCCACACACACGGCCCCGGGGCCUGGGGAGGAUGCGGGGGAGCCCGCCACAGCUGAGGACAACUAGCUGGCUGAGCGGGUAGCCCGGUCCGUCUGCCAGGUGGUGGGGCCGGUGCACCUGGUGUUGAGUGUCAGCUGCCCUUGGCCCGGCCUCUCCUCAUGCACCCACCGUGCUGGAGGGUGGCCCUGACAGCGCUGGCUGGUACACAGCCAUCCCAGCAGUGUCAGUGACCCUGGGUGGGAACGAAUGCAAGGGGUCGGUGUGUUUCUUCUGGACCACCCAGUGCCCGUGUCCACCCCGCGAGGCCGCCGGGAGCAUUCGGGUCAACUCUGGGAACAUCCUGGGCUGUGGUUCACUCCACACCCUGCUGGGGCUGCUUCGCUCUGCAGCCACGUGGCGACGCUCGCCAAGCCCCGGAGUCCAGCCCGCUGACCCUGCUGCUUUGACCAGACGACCUGGGGAGGGGAGGCCCCGGCCCGGCUUUUCUCACGUGUCCUCUAGAUACCGGUCAUCCGGAAGAGAAGGGCGAGUCUGUGUCCGCACCUGCUCUUGCAGAACGUUCAAGAAAGGAUUCUGUGUUAGUAUUAAUGCCAAAAAGUUCUUUUAAAGGUUUUGUAUUCAGCACAUUCUACGAGCACAUGUUGCUUCUGCCGUUUCGGGGCCUGAGACUGCGGGUGCCCUUGCCACGUGCUCCUUCAAUCCAUGUCAUUGGCCACAUUGCUUCCCUGUGCGCUGUGUGUCACGUGUUUCUGCUGUCCGGGAAGUAUCAUGACGGCCUUACGCAGGUUUCUUGUUGAGUUACUUAAGGCAAUAAAUCAUCUAUGAGUUCA